GAUGCCAGCCCCCAUCAGACUGCGGGAGUUGAUCCGGACCAUCCGGACAGCAAGAACCCAGGCAGAAGAGCGUGAGAUGAUCCAGAAGGAAUGUGCUGCUAUCCGGUCAUCUUUCCGAGAGGAAGAUAACACAUACCGAUGCAGAAAUGUGGCGAAGCUGCUGUAUAUGCACAUGCUGGGAUACCCUGCACAUUUUGGACAGUUGGAGUGCCUCAAGCUCAUUGCCUCUCAGAAAUUCACAGACAAGCGCAUUGGGUAUUUAGGUGCCAUGUUGCUGCUGGAUGAGAGACAGGAUGUCCAUCUUCUUAUGACCAAUUGCAUCAAGAAUGACCUUAAUCACAGCACGCAAUAUGUGCAGGGGCUGGCACUCUGCACUCUUGGCUGCAUGGGCUCCUCAGAAAUGUGCAGAGACCUUGCAGGAGAGGUGGAAAAGCUCCUGAAAACUUCCAACUCCUAUCUUAGGAAGAAGGCAGCAUUGUGCGCUGUUCAUGUCAUUAGAAAGGUGCCUGAACUCAUGGAGAUGUUCCUGCCAGCCACCAAAAACUUACUGAAUGAGAAGAACCAUGGUGUUCUUCACACAUCAGUUGUCCUCCUAACAGAGAUGUGUGAGAGAAGCCCAGACAUGCUUGCACACUUUAGAAAGAAUGAAAAGCUUGUUCCUCAAUUAGUUCGUAUUCUGAAGAACCUUAUCAUGUCUGGAUAUUCACCAGAGCAUGAUGUGUCUGGGAUCAGUGACCCCUUUUUGCAGGUACGAAUCCUGCGGUUACUAAGAAUUUUAGGGCGAAAUGAUGAUGAUUCCAGUGAAGCAAUGAAUGAUAUACUUGCACAGGUUGCCACUAAUACAGAAACAAGUAAAAAUGUGGGAAAUGCCAUUCUCUAUGAAACUGUGCUGACUAUUAUGGACAUAAAAUCUGAGAGUGGACUGAGAGUGUUAGCCAUUAACAUCCUAGGCCGUUUCUUAUUAAACAACGACAAAAAUAUUAGAUAUGUAGCUUUGACGUCAUUGUUGAAAACUGUGCAGACAGAUCAUAAUGCAGUACAGCGGCAUAGAAGCACGAUUGUGGACUGCCUGAAGGAUCUGGAUGUCUCCAUUAAAAGACGUGCAAUGGAACUGAGUUUUGCUCUCGUUAAUGGGAACAAUGUCCGUGGAAUGAUGAAGGAGUUGCUGUAUUUCCUAGAUUCCUGUGAACCAGAGUUCAAGGCAGACUGUGCAUCUGGAAUAUUUCUUGCAGCUGAAAAAUAUGCUCCUUCCAAACGCUGGCACAUAGACACAAUUAUGAGAGUCUUAACAACGGCAGGAAGUUAUGUUCGUGACGAUGCGGUUCCCAAUCUGAUUCAGCUAAUAACUAAUAGCGUGGAGAUGCAUGCCUACACUGUGCAGAGACUCUACAAAGCCAUCCUUGGUGAUUAUUCCCAGCAGCCCCUGGUGCAAGUGGCCUCUUGGUGCAUAGGAGAGUAUGGAGAUCUUCUGGUGUCUGGUCAGUGUGAAGAGGAGGAGCCAAUACAGGUAACAGAGGAUGAAGUUCUUGAUAUUUUAGAAAGCGUCCUGAUAUCUAAUAUGUCUGCAUCUGUUACACGAGGCUAUGCUCUCACUGCCAUCAUGAAGCUUUCCACAAGGUUCACCUGCACUGUCAAUCGCAUUAAGAAGGUAGUUUCCAUUUAUGGCAGCAGCAUUGAUGUGGAGCUACAGCAGAGGGCAGUGGAAUAUAAUGCACUUUUCAAGAAAUAUGAUCACAUGAGGCCAGCCCUGCUUGAGAGAAUGCCAGUAAUGGAGAAAGUCACCACAAAUGGCCCUACAGAGAUUGUACAGACCAACGGAGAGGCAGAGCCAGCGGUCCUGGAAACCAAACCUCCACCCUCUGGAUUGCAGCCUGCUAGCCAGGCAAAUGAUUUGUUGGACUUGCUGGGGGAAAGUGAUAUAACACCUGUAAUCUCCACUGCACCUACAAGCAAGCCAGCCUCUGCUGGUGGGGAGCUCCUUGACCUCCUGGGAGACCUCAACCUAACAGGUUCUCCAGUAUCUGCCCCUGUGCCCCAGAUAGCACAGCCUCCGUUCCUGCUUGAUGGACUUUCGUCACAGCCUCUCUUCAAUGAUAUUGCUGCAGGAAUCCCCUCAAUUACUGCAUACAACAAGAAUGGGCUGAAGAUUGACUUCACCUUUGAGAGGUCAAACACUAACCCUAGCGUCACCGUAAUCACAAUACAGGCCUCCAACAGCACAGAGCUGGAUAUGACAGAUUUUGUUUUCCAAGCUGCAGUACCAAAGACAUUCCAGCUGCAGCUCCUGUCUCCCAGCAGCAGUGUCAUCCCUGCAUUUAACUCGGGGAACAUCACACAGGUCAUAAAAGUCCUGAAUCCACAAAAGCAACAACUACGUAUGCGGAUCAAGUUGACAUAUAAUCACAAGGGCUCAGCAAUGCAGGAUCUAGCAGAAGUCAACAACUUUCCCCCUCAGUCUUGGCAGUGAGCCUCUGGCACCAUUCUUAUUCUCACCCCACCCAAUCAAAAGAACUCUGGGAAGAAGGUUGUGAUCCUUGGCAAUCCCCCUAAACUGCACCAUGGGCAUGGGGAACAGAUGAGACCUGCUGAUGAGGAGGAAUUUCCUGAAGUGAUUGCUGACUUUGAAGCAUAUCUGUUAAGACUAAUCUCUUCUCCUCUGCUGAUGAGGCUGGCGGCUUGUGGAGGCUACUGUGCACUCCCUCACACAUGCAUUCACAGCCAGAAGCAACAUUCCCUUCUCCUCUCCCCUGCCCCAACCCCUUGCAAAGAAACACAGCCUGGUUGGAAGAAAAGUCUGGAAUUUCUAGCAGGGAAACUUUCUUCUCUCUGCAGCAAGUGAACAGCUGCCCCUUCUUUCUGCUGUCUUUUUCCCCUGGGGUGGGCAAGGUGUGUUGUCAUUCAUUACUAGCUGGAUUCCUUCAGGUACUUUCAUAUGGGGCUCAGACUGGGGACUUGGGAAAUGUCAGGCUGCCCUGCCUCUUUCUCCUUGUAUCCCCUAUGUCUGAAGGGGCUGGAGGCUUCUUAUGGCCUAUUCAGUGCAUUAUUGUGUACACUCACCUCUUAGUUGUGUGAUACAUACCAAGAGCAAGUUAGGCCUUGGGAGUUCAUCUGCAAACCUGGGACAGUGCAGGAAUAAGAGGUGCUGGUGAGAGUUGAUAAAAUUGCUUUGGUGCUGUACUUGGAAAUUAAGACCUUACACUUGAAUUUUCUUUCUUUCCAUCAAUAGCUACAGCCAUGCAGAUUCACAGACAGUCUUCUGUACCUUCCCCGGAAAGUGUGGUGAUGUAGAGAUCCAAGGAGCAGCUAGUUUUCUACCACAGAUGAUUUCAAAGCCUUUUAACCCAUUAGUUGUGCUUUAUGGGUAGAAAAGACAUACUCAGUUUUGUAGAUCAGUCUUUGAGGGCUCUGUUCCUGCUGGGAGACUCAUCAGAGGCUAUGCUGCAAAGUUGCUCUUCCCAGUUAUUCCAGACCUUCUCUGCAGUUUAAUUUCCAGAGCCUGUUGUAGACCCCUUGGAUUCCAUUUGAGUUACUUCUGACCUGGGAUAUUUGUGUUGUAUCUGUAAUAUUGGCAUUGAAAUAAAGACCAUACGGUUUAAAGAGA